AUGCGUUGCGUGGACGCUCACGCGACCAAGUGUCUGACCGCAGCGGCGCGGGCAGUGCUGGAGGAGAACAUCAGCGGCGCCCGCCUCCUCCAAGCGGGGCUUUGUGAAGACCCGCGCUUCCGAUCAGACUACUUGUCGCACGGGGUGUGUAUGAAGGCAGUGGGCCGGCGGUGGGAGGCGUGCUACCGCCAUUACCAGUAUCUGCUUACGUUGGAACUCCGCGUAACGUCUGAGGAAGCAAACCUGGACGCCAUUUGCUGGUUCCUACGCAGCGCGUUCACAGAGACAAUAUCGCAGUUCCUACGCAGCGCGUUCACGGACACAAUAUCCCAGUUCCUACGCAGCGCGUUCACGGAGACAAUAUCCCAGUUCCUACGCAGCGCGUUCAUGGACACAAUAUCCCAGUUCCUACGCAGCGCGUUCACGGACACAAUAUCNAGUUGCGAUCAUGUCAAAGCG